ACAUGUUUUCCUGCUCCUGCGUAUUGUGCGAUGACAAAUAGUACAAACGCAAGGGUUACUCUUCUCUGAACCCAAGCGGCCGAGGCCCCGUCGCAGGCAAGCAGCAAUCCCAGAUGGACACCGGCGAGCAAGCCGGGGAGGAGUCGUCGGCGAACCGCCGGGAGCGCCUCCUCGCGCUCCGCUCCUCCGCCGCCGCCGCCGCUUCCUCCACCUCCUCCUCCUCCUCGCCAUCUGCCGCGCCGCCGCCGCCCGCGUGGGAUCUCCCGGAGCCCGACCUGGCGCCCACCUCCUCCGCCCCGCGUCCGCGCUCGCGGUUCGACUUCUACACCAACCCCGGCGCCGCCUUCUCCUCCUCCGCCGCCGCCGUCCCGCAGAAGCGCAAGAUCGCCGACCCCCCGGGCCCCAAUCCCGCCCCGGCCCCGCCUCACGGGAACUCUGGCAACAAUUAUCCUCCUCCACACCAGCACCAUAUGGCCCAAUCUCCGAUGGAAGGUGCACCAGGGAAUAGUCCAUGGAGAGGUCCUAUGCAGUUCCAGACUCCUAUGUCUGGAUACCGAGGAACACCUCCUGGACCUCCACCUCACUGGAACCCACAUUCUGCUUCUCCAGCUCAAGAUCCGUAUCCACAUCCACCCAACUUUGGGUUCAGAGGCCCUAAUGUUGGCCGAGGGAGCAGCCCGAUGAAUUAUGGACCAGGAGGUAGCCCAAUGAAUUACGGACCAAGAGGUAACCCGAUGAAUUACGGACCAGGAGGUAGCCCAAUGAGUUACGAACCAAGAGGAAGCCCGAGGAGUUAUGUACCAAGAGGUAGCCCGCACUCGUCUUCCGGACGUGGCAGGGGUGAGAACUACUACCAGAGCCCAGGUUCGAGAGGAAGAGGGGGAAGGGGUGGCUUCCAGAACCAUUCUGGAUCGCAAGAUCAGAGGAACUUCUACAGGAAGUCCAUGGUUGAUGAUCCUUGGCAGGGCUUGCAGCCUAUCGUUGGCAACAUACUGAAACCCAUCGAUGGCGCGAAGUCCUGGCUUCCAGAGUCAUUGCGCAAAAAGGAGACACCUAAUCAAGGCCGAACAAUAUCAAAUCCAACAUCAGGAUUGAGUCUGGCAGAAUACCUUGCCUCGUCUUUCAACGAGGCUUCUAACGAGUCUAAUGAGACGUGACGUGAGCUCUUUUGUCAGUGCCUCCUUUCAGCAUAAACUUUUGUACCAUUAGGAUUGCUGGUGUUCCUCAGUAUACAUAUAUUUAUCACCUUUUAAUUUAUUUCUCCUGCAUCUAAGACUGCUUCUUUUGGGCUAGAUAUAAACAUUUUGAUCUGCGAUAUCUGUGGUACUGUUUAUGCACAUUGUGGCCAUCUUGUACCUUGGUCUAGGGUGAUGUAUGACAUACCCUUUGAGCUUGUAUUGUCUAUCAUUCGCGAUAUAUUUUCAUGAGCUAAACCUAAAUUUUGAGA